AUGCCAAACACAACUUAUCUAAAUAUAUCCCUUAAAAAUAAGGAGGAUAUAGAAAGCGCUGCUCAAAAUCUUGUAACGUCAAUUCAAUCUGCCAUAUUUAAAUCCUCACACCCAAAAAUACAAUCAAGUAAACACAAUACAAGGAAUCAAUCUCUAUCUAUAAAUAUUACAAAUCUGAUUUCCGAAAAAUGGUGUGCGCGCUCUAGGUGGCAAAAAUAUCACUAUCCAUCUGAUAAAAAACUGUAUAACCACUUAGCGAACACUAUAAAAAAAUUAACAUUAAAGCAUAAAUCCAAAUAUUUUGAAAAUAAAUAUCAAUCACUAAACCAAACAGAUGGUUCUCUUUGGAAAACAACUAAAAAUUUACUUAGAAGAAAGGAACAUCUCUCAAUGAACUCUCCCAUAACAGACUCAAACGGCUCCUUGGCCAUCUCCGAUAUCGAGAAAGUCAAUCUGUUCGGUAAACACUUAUUGAAAAUUUUCACAUCUCACGCCGAUAUAAUACCAAACUCUGACCACUCUGAAACCAUCAAACAAUUUAUCAACAGCCCUCUUCCUAUGUCAUUACCUGCUAAACAUACCUCGCCAAGCGAAAUAUUAUUUUUAAUUAAAAAAUUAAAAGAUGGGAAAUCACCUGGCCACGACCUAAUUACUAAUAAAAUUCUGAAAAAUCUUCCUCGCAAACCCAUUCUACUAAUUACUUUUAUCUUCAACGCUAUGCUAAGACUAUCAUAUUUUCCGCUAAUUUGGAAGUUGUCAACUGUAAUACUUAUACCAGAACCAAAUAAACCAAAGACUCUAGCCACCUCUUACAGGCCAAUAAGCUUACUUCCAACUCUAGCAAAACUGUUCGAAAAAAUAAUACUUAAAAGAAUCAGACCUAUUAUGCAAACUCAUAAAAUUAUCCCAAACUCUCAAUUUGGCUUUAGAGCAAAACAUUCCACUGUCCACCAAAUUCAUAGGUUAACAGAUAAAAUAUCAUCAUCCUUCGAAAUGAAGCAAUUUUGUCCUGGUGUUUUCCUUGAUGUAGCGCAGGCUUUUGACCGUGUGUGGCAUGAUGGCCUAAUAUAUAAACUCAAACUUUUUCUACCUGCGCCAUAUUAUCUAAUUAUUCGCUCAUGUCUUGAAAACCGCUCAUAUAAAAUCCGAUAUGGUAGCUCAUACUCACCACACUUUUCCAAAAGCCGGUGUGCCCCAAGGCAGCGACCUUUCUCCUGA